CCCGGGACAGGGUUUGGCGAGCAGCUCCGGCGUUUUUGGCCAGCGCAGCCCCGGACCCAGCGCGGUGACGUCAGGUCCCUGGUCCCCGAUAAGAGCUGCCCUUAUCGCUCGGCUGCCCUUUGAUGUGGCCGCCGAGGGCCGAUCCCGCCGGGUCCCCGCGGCCCGGGGCACAAAGCCGCCCUUGAGGCCGGGCCGGGAGGUGCCCGUGGCCGGCGGAGGUCGGCGGAUCAGAGCCGGCGCUGCCUCCCGGGAUAAAAGCGGCAGCCCCGGCGGCCGUGCCCGGCUGCUGCCGCCUCCCGAGGGCUGCGAGGCACCAUGAAGUGGCUGCCGGUGGUGCUGGCGUGUCUGCAGCUGGCGGAGGGGGCGGUCAGGAUCAGUCUGAGGAAAGGCCUGUCCAUCCGGGACAGGAUGAGGGCAGCUGGGCUGCUGGACGAUUUCCUGAAGCACAUCAAAUAUGAUCCAGUGAAGAAAUACCAGCCCAGCCAGGGCUCCGUGGUGAGGGAGCCCAUAACCAACCACCUGGAUUCCUCCUACUUUGGGGAGAUCAGCAUCGGGGAGCCCCCCCAAAAGUUCCUGGUGCUUUUUGACACUGGCUCCUCCAACCUGUGGGUGCCCUCCACGGACUGCAAGAGUCCUGCUUGCUUCAACCACGCCAAGUUCAAGCCCAGUGCCUCGGCCACCUUCACCUCCAGGGGCCAGUCCUACAACGUGUCCUACGGCAGCGGCUCUGUCACCCUGGUGCUGGGCUCUGACACGCUCAGGAUCCAGAGCAUCACGGUGACCGAGCAGGAGCUGGGGCUGAGCCAGGCCGAGCCCACGCAGCCGUUCUACUUCGCGGCCUUCGACGGCAUCCUGGGCAUGGCCUUCCCCUCGCUGGCCACGGGGGGCACGGCCACGGCCCUGGGGGGCAUGCUGGAGCAGAACCAGCUGGCUGAGCCCGUCUUCAGCUUCCACUUCUCACGCCAGCCCACCUUCGAGUUCGGGGGAGAGCUCAUCCUCGGGGGCGUGGACCCUCAGCUCUUCCAGGGGGACAUCACCUGGGCACCGGUGACACAGAAGCUCUACUGGCAGGUGGCACUGGAGGAGGUUGCCACCGGGCAGUCAGUGACCAGCUGGUGCAGCCAGGGCUGCCAGGCCAUCGUGGACACGGGGACAUUCCUGCUGACCGUGCCCCAGGAGUACAUAGAGAGCAUCCUGGAGGCUCUGGGAGCCCAGGAGACCAGCUAUGGGUACGCAGUGGACUGCAGUGACACCCAGAGCAUGCCCUCCCUCACCUUCGGCAUCGGCGGCGCUCGGCUGGCGCUCUCCCCGUCCGCCUACGUCCUGAACAGCAAUGGCUACUGCACCCUGGCCAUCGAGGCCACCUACCUGCCCGCCCAGGACGGGCAGCCCCUCUGGAUCCUGGGAAACGUUUUCCUGAAGGAAUAUUACACCAUCUUCGACAUGGCCAACAGCCGCGUGGGCUUCGCCCUCUCGGCCUAGAGGAAGCAAAUUCCAGCCCCUCUCCCGGCCCGCGGGGUGCCACAGCAUUCCCAGGGACAUUUCUGCUCCUUUCCAUCCCCAUCCCUCGGGAUUUGUGCGCCCACGGAUCCUGUAACAAAUAAACCCUGCCACCCCAAA